AUGAAUAAGAUAACAGAAAUAAAUGGGCUUUCUUAUUACAGCUUUAAUUCCAAAGAUGAGCUAGAGUUCAACAAAAUAUCUUCCUUGAUUUCAGAGCACUUAUCAGAACCGUACUCGCUAUACGUAUACUGGUUCUUUUUGAAUACCUGGCCACAAUAUUGUUACAUCGUCAGAGAAAGAAGCGAUAUAGUUGGUGUGAUAAUUUCCAAAGUAGAGCUUCAUAGAGAUGUUCGAAAAAGAGGCUAUAUUGGGAUGUUGGUUAUAGAUCCGAAAUAUAGGGGACGAAACAUCGCAUCUAAUUUAGUUCGGCUCAGUAUAAAGAAUAUGAUCGAGUGGGAUUCUGUGGAUGAAAUAAUGUUGGAAACUGAAGUGAUAAAUAAAGGAGCAUUGAAGCUCUAUGAGAGCCUUGGAUUUCUUCGUACCAAAAGGCUUUACAGAUACUAUUUGAAUACUCAUGACGCAUACCGUUUAAUAUUACCUUUGACGCGUAAAGCUAGUCAUAGAAUUGCAUUUUUACCUUCCCUAGUCGACAUAAAAUCAGCAGAUGGAAUAGUGUUAGAACAGUAG